AUGGAAAGGAUCCCGCCGCCGCCGAAGUUCGAGAACGACAGCAACGCUGACGAACAAUGGCGCACCUUCAAGCAAGCCCUCACGCUCUACAUGAAAGCUACGGAUGUCAGUGGAACAUCCUCCGAAAGGCAAGUUGCUCUCCUUUUGACAAUCGGUGGACAAAGCCUACUGGACAUCUAUAAUACGCUAAACUUUGGAAGCGCAACGCAAGAAAGACCUCACCCCGAGUAUGAUUUUGAGCACGUGGUGAGGCUUAUGGAUGCACACUUCUUACCGAAGCAAAACGAAGUAUACUCCCGCUACAUCUUUCGCACUCGAGUACAACUCCCCGACGAGAGGUUCGACACGUUUUUAACCGAUCUCAAAUUGAAGACUCGGGACUGCAACUUCGGACCUGAAAGGGAGAAGAUGAUUCGAGACCAGAUUGUCUGCGGAGUGAAUGACGAGAAAGCGCGAGCGGACAUUCUAAGACUUGAUGAACCGUCGCUUGAAAAGGUUGUCAAGGUAUGUCUAGCGCAUGAGUCAACGAAGCUGCAACUUAAAGUCUUCAAGGAAGGCAGACCAGCAACUGAGGAAGUUCAUGCAGUGAAAGACAGACGCCGUCGUCUACCACCUGUUGACCGAGCAAAAGAUAAAAAGACAAGUUCGAAUCAAGCAGUACAGCAUUGUAAGUACCGUAGGAGCCAUCAUGCACGUGCUAGAAAUGCUUGUCCAGCAUGGAACAAAACAUGCAACAAAUGCAAAAAACAGAACCAUUUUGCAGUUGUGUGUAAAAACAGCAAGACUGUUGCCAGUUUGGAGCCAGAAGACGACACAGAUGAAAUACUGAUGGUGCAAAGCGGCAAACCAAGUCCACUGUUUGCGACUUUAAAUCUGAACCAAAAAGGAAUAAGGUUCCAGGUUGACAGCGGGGCUGCUGUAAAUGUCAUCACUAAGAGAAAUGUGUCGCCUGAUCAGAUAAUGCCGACGUCUACAACGCUGAGAAUGUGGAAUGGUACCAAGGUAGUGCCAUACGGCAAGGCGAGGUUGAAUGUAACCACUGCUAAUGGACACAAGCACAUUGUUGACUUUGUCGUGGUGCGUGAUGACCUCAGACCCCUUAUCGGACGAAAGACAGCCGAGCAGAUGGGACUGAUCACAGUGAAUUACAGUCUGGUUGCCAGCAUCAGUGCUGCAGGUGCACAGGGUGCACUGGAACAGAUCAUGGAAAGACACUCCGACGUCUUCGGACAGUCUUUAGGCUCAUUACCUGGACUUGUACACCUGGUGACUAAACCUGCUGCAAGCCCAAAGGCGGUGACAGGCUGUCGGGUGCCAGUGAGUGUUAAACCGCAGCUAGAAAAGACAAUCAGAAACCUAGAACAAAGGGGAAUCAUCAAAAGUGUCACCGAACCAACCCCGUGGGUGAGCCGAAUGGUUGUUGCCACGAAGAAAAAUGGUGAUAUGAGAAUCUGCAUUGAUCCUCAAGCUCUUAAUGAAGUUUUGGAGCGAGAGCGACACUUCUUGCCAAUCUUGGACGACAUUCUGCCCGAAGUUGCUAAAGCCAAGGUCUUCUCGAAGCAGGACCUGCGUGACGGCUAUUGGCAGUGCACUUUGGACGAAGAGUCAAGUACGACAUCCUUGUGUUUGGAGUUGGAGAAGCUAAAAGUGAAGCUCGCCAAGAUCAUGACAAAAAGCUUGAAAGCCUACUACAAAGGUGUGAGAAGAUUGGCGUGCGACUCAACAGAGACAAAACUGAGCUUCAUUGUUCAAGACGGUGGCUGUGAGCAGCAACUGGAAGACAUCAACAUGAUCAACCACUUACCUGUGCGAAAAGAAACUGCAGAACAGAUCCGCAAGGCAACGUUGAAGGAUGAUAAUUUGCAGAAACUGGUAAUGGUGAUCCUGGCAGGAUGGCCGCAGGACAGGAACAACAUUCCACCAGAAAUCAGAAUGUACUUCCCAUUCCGAGAUGAGCUCGUGGUGGAAGACGGUAUAGUGUACAAAGGACAACGGCUGACAAGCCAAAGACCUUCAUCCGUUAAAGAAAGGACAGAAAGUAACAUUUCGCCCAACCAAAGAUGGGAUGUGGACAAAAGCAACCGUGACUGA